AUGAACGACAGGCUGAAGCACGAGGGUUAUAAAGACCUGACCAGUUUCACCUCUCCUGCCCUGAGGAACAACGUCACCGAUCAGCAGAAGUCUGGACUGAGAAAUCCUCCACGCACCCUGCUGAGCCCCACCGGGCGGCAGGGACCCGCCAAGGCGCCCGCUGCCUGCGUCCAGCCGAAAGGAGAAUUAUUUUGCACUCGGAUUCCUGAGAACCGAACCACAAAAGCACUAGCCUUAGACCCUCUUGUAUUGGAAUCCCCUCAGAAGUUCUUCUUGCGUGUAAAGCGGAAAUUGCAGCAGCAGCAGCAGCAGCAAAAAGAUCCAACACCUUCAAACCCAGUCAAACAAAACGUUCCUCCUUCCACACAUACAGAAAAGCCAGUAGUCAAACCUGCUUUUGCUGAGCAGCUCAGGAAUGGUCCUACAGAGUAUGUGGCCGCUGAUAAGGAUGAUCAGGAUAAUUUUCUUAUGGAAUCCAUGGAUGCUGAUGAUGAAAUGUCUCAAAAUACAAUGAUUAGUUCUGUGAAUUUACAAUCCACCCCUUUUGGAAAUGGGGAUCAGUUAGAAGAAAGGUGGGGAAAUGGAAAAGCAAAAUGUACUGAACUGCACCAAGACAGAAGAGAGUUGCAGCCAAGUAAUAAGCAAGCUGCUCAUGGAGUAGAAAAGAUACUGGACACUAAUCCUCAAAAGCCCUCACAGUGCAUCUGUAGCAUAAUGCUCUCUUCUCCCAAAGUCCACAUUCCAAGGAAGCAAAAGCUGAAAGAAGGCUCUAAUGUCCCUUUGGAUAAACCUCAUAUGGAUCAAGUUGCUGGCAACACAGACAAAGAGAAACACGUCUGCCUAACGAAUUGGAGAAUUAAAGUGAUGGACGGUAACACUGCGAUAUAUGUUGAAGGAAAACGGAAAGAUAUGAAAGGUCUGCCUUGGCACAGUAAUGCGGUUAUGGAACGCAUAGCAUACAACCAAGUUAAAACCUCCUCUGGCAGUAUCUACUUGCUACAGGGAAAUAUAGAUUCAGCUUCGAUGAGAAAAGAAGGAUUUCCCUACCGUUUCAUCAAAAGAUUUACAUACGGGUUUUCCAAAAAGUGGAAGGAAUACGUUGAGGAGUUUCUCGAGGAGAGGAGAAGGAAAGAACGAAAACAAAAUACUGGUGAGGAUGAAAAUGAAGAGAGUGACUCAGCGGCCAGUACGGAUAUGUUGAAAAAUGCAGAAGACUCAGCAAGAAAGGUAAAGAAACCUGAAGUCAGAAACACCACCUAUGAAGUAUUACCGAAGAACGAUGAAAACAAUUAUACACCAUCAAAGCGCAAUUCCAUAUCGAAUGACUUAAGCAGAGUUUACACGCGCAGUGGCCGUCUUGUUAAACCGCCCUUAAGUUUCUGGUGUGGGCAACGUGAGAUUGUUGAUCAGAAACUAAAUGUUACUGUGGAAGAAGGUGGAAUAGAUUAUCUGAGCAUGAUGUUUAGUAGUGAAAAACCCCAAAGAAAGACCAGUUCCACCUCUGAGAAGAAUAAAAGAAAGGAAGUAACGAAGACAAGGGAAGAAGCACCAAAAAGCCAAAGUAAAGGGAAAAACAAUGAAAAAGGAGUAAGUUCCAAAAGAGAAACCAAGCCUGCUGGAAGCAAGGAGGCCAGGCACUUCCUUUCAGAUGAUGAUGAAAGAGAUCACGCAAUCAAUAGUACAAAAGUUAACACACAACUUUGUCUUAGGCUGACUCCCUUAAAUACUGAAGUACUAAAAAGACCUGACUCUAAUAGCAGAAUCCCAGGCAUGACGAAGGAAAAGAAAGAGACAGAACAUGGAAAACUGACUACACACCAGCGGGCGUACAAGUACUCGUUACGGUCAGUCAAACAAAUUACUCGAGACAAGCAUUUAACAGAAGAAUCGUCAAGCGAAGACGAAGAAGAGGAAUCCAGUGAAGAUAUCCCCCUGUCUGUCAAAAGGCAAAAUAAACCUUUAUUUAAAAAAGACACUCAAAACUCGAAUUCCUCCUCGAACUGUAAAAGUUCACAGGACGAUGCAAACGAGGCGUCGUGUGAACAAAGGACAGCAAAACACUUUUCUGCCUCCCAUGGUGCACUGCUGGGGCAAAGUGUGCCCAGAUCCACUGAUGGAAAAACACCGUCUAGUCCUUCCCAUCUGCCCGCUAAGGCAAUGAGGACAAGAAGCAGAGACAACCCUCCGAGGUAUUUCCUUGAAUCUGACACGGAAAGCAGUGAAGAGGUAUUUCAGGUGAAAGGAAAGAAUUCAAAAGUACCUGAUAAAAAACCAAACUGUAAAGUUUCUAAUACUGCCAAGUCUUCAGCAGCAAAAGCAAGAGAACCUGAGAGGGAAAAGGUGCAGAAAGCUCUAGAACUUUUCCCAAGGACGGCUGAUGGUUGGUCUGAGAAGGAAUUGCAGAAGCUCUACAGGGCCAUCGCCUCCUUUCCAAAGCACAGGAACGGCUUCUGGGUGGAGGUGGCCAUGAUGGUGGGGUCUCGCUCUGCUGAAGAGUGCCAGCAGAAGUACAUAGAAGAACAACAGGCAAAAGAUUCCAAAACGCACACCAAGACGACGACCACUUUGGGAAAACCACAACAGAAAGGUAAGAAAGAGCCGGUUACGAUAACUGCCAAAGUGGGAACCCUCAAAAGAAAGCAGCAGAUGAGAGAUUUCCUGGACCAUUUGCCAAAGGACAACCAUGACGAUGUUUUCACCGCGACGCCCUUUCAGAACCGAAGAGUAAAGUUGCCAGCGUUCCGGGGAAGCUAUGAUGAUGACGACGAGGACUUUGCACUUACGGACAACCCGAUCACCCCCUCCUCAGCUGUUUUCCCUAUGGUGAAAACCCCUCAGUGCGAGCACAUCAGCCCCGGUAUGCUGGUGCCCAUCAACAGGACUGACUGCGACAGGCACGUGUUCCGAAUGCAGAAGAACACGCGGGGCAGCAGAGGCACCUGGGACAACGUCAAGAAGCAGCCGCUUGCAGAAGCGCAGCAGGACUCCCUUGUAGGGAAGCUCUUCCUGGCUGAGCCAGCAGACUCGUCCGACGAAGAAAACAACGAUUCCCAUUCUUCUGUUUAAUGAACUUUAUGGAUUUUAUUCGUUUCGGUGCCUCUGGUACGAAGCAAAGGGGCUUGGCCGCCCCUCGGAGCUGGGAUUCCCGUGAUGGUGGCAGUUUGGUUUGGAAGCCUUGACGUGUUUCACCUCCCUCCUCCUCCCC